AUGAAGGCGUUUUCGUUAGCGAAGAAGAAAACCCCGUUUCAGAAGCAUCGCGAAGAGGAGGCGAAAAAAAAGCGGGAAGCGGAGGAGGCGGCGCGUGUCUACGAUGAAUUCGUCGAGUCUUUUAAAGUGGAUGAUAAGAAACCGAAGGCAUUUGUGCGAGGAGGAACUAUCAAUCCCAACGCCAAGCACGACACACCCGGGGAAGAACCUGGAAGCGCUUCCAAAAAGGCCACAGCGAGAUACGUUCCGUCAUUCCUGCCGCCUCCGUCGCAAAGCCCGCUUGCUGGAAUUUUAUCCAAGGACAAGAAU